ACGCACCAUCACACACUGACACAUCCCAUUUCCACAUCCCGCUUCCACCCUCCCCCAUCACCCCAACCUCAUCUCGCAACAAACAGCUACAGCUACAGCCACAGCGACCAACAACACCAACUCACCAACCAACCAAAUAAACAACAAGCAAUAGCAAUAACAGGCAACUUUCAUCAACCCGCGCUUUCUCAUCUCACUCCCUCACCCUUCGACGAGCCAAGCAACCAUGACAGCUACCAGCCCUCUUCACCAGCCCGCCCUCAAGGACUCGCCGGUCCCCACAGUGUCAAACGUCUACCCAUCCCCCUCCCUGUCGCCAGCGACCACUUUCUUUAUCAAUAUGCAGCAGCAGACACCCGCCGCUUUCAGUCCACGCAGGCCGUCGGUCAAGGCCCUGCUCAGCUCCUCGAACCCCCCGGCAUCUCCCCUGGAUGCCCUCGUAAUGGCACUGGAGGCUACCGUUGAGGAAGAAGAGGGGACUCUCGAACGAGACCAAUCCUUGGUUGACGGAACAGGUGUGAACGUCAAGACUGAGGAGGAUGACGACGACCCCGAUGCCACUAUUCCCUCGUCUCCCACGGUAUUCAUGAAGAGGCCCUCAGCGGAGCCAUCGCUUCACCACUUGCCGACAAUGAUGCUACCCGAGUCAGUGGCCAUGUCUGCGCUACAAUCCCAAUCCUCAGGCCUUACCCCAAGCACCCUCCCCAACGACUCUUCUCGUCGCAGCCUUGGUCAGCGCAAGAUGUCAAUCAGCAGCCAGGGCUCGUCCUCGUCUGCCAACUCGAACAGCGAGCGCACUAAGGAGUACGCCUGCACCGUUGGCAAUUGCGAGAAGAAGUUCUAUCAGGUCGCCCAUCUGCGCUCCCACGAACGGUGUCACUCUGGCACAAGGCCCUAUGUUUGUCGAUUCGAUGGAUGCGAUCGAGCUUUCACGCAACUCGGUAAUCUUAAGACGCAUGAACGAAAGCACACUGGCGAACGUCCUUACAAGUGCCCACAUCCCGACUGCGACAAGACCUUCACGCAGCUUGGCAACUUGAAGACGCACGAGCGCAUCCACGAUGAAGUCAAGCCAUUCAUGUGUCGACUUCGCGGAUGCGGCAAAACUUUUAGUCAACUGGGGAACCUGAAGACGCAUACGGCCAAAAUGCACCCAGAAGUGACGAUCAGCGACGAGGAACUCGCUAUCCGGACAGAAUCAAGCGCGGUCCAUGAAAUUCAGGAUCGGACGAUGCACACGUCGCAUGGAGCACGAUUGCUACCUGGCAAGGAACCUGGUGUGGUCCAGGUGAUUGCGCACUUCAAUCCUUACCAGCGGCGUCCGAUUAAGCCUCAGCAUUACGAGGAAGAGAUGCUUCUGAAAAAGAUCCGCGAUAUGAUUCAGCAUCAGCAGCGCAUGCGGGAACUGGAGGACGGAAGCGAGAUUUCGGACGACAUGUGUGAGUAGGUGUAGGUCGACAGUUUGCUCCGCUUUGGAUACGCUUGCGUCGUUGCAGUUGUUGAAUUAUGGCGCAAAACAAAAUCUGUUCAGGAUCUAGAUCGAGGGGCAUCUGUUUUCUUAUUCUUCCUCCUGUGGUUUGCCAUUCGGUUCUUUACCCUAUCUUCUUUUCAUUCAGUCUAUUUUACACCUGUACAAUCUCUAAUGUGCAACAACCACCACUAUUCACCAACUUGUAAAUAAUUAUCAUGUAGACUUUUUCUGCUACCAUUAUAAAAACUCAUAGAAACCCAAAAAAUAAAAGAAAAAUGAGAGAGACGAUAG